AUGGCUGCUCGGGAACUAUGGGAUAAUAUUGGAGGUCUGUUUCUCACUCUGCUUUGUCUCUGCGACUGGUCCGUAGCUCAGAUAUCCUAUUCCAUUUCAGAGGAGGUGGACAAAGGGACAGCGGUGGGAAAUCUCGCCAAGGAUUUAAAUCUCAAUGUACAACAACUACAAUCUACGGGUCUUCAGAUUACCUCUGGGUAUAAAAAGCAGUAUUUUGACAUAAAUCAGGAAUCUGGGAUACUUGUCGUUAGCGAGAGGAUAGAUCGAGAAGAGCUUUGUCCCAAUACGGUAAAGUGCUCCUUAAAUAUAGAGGCCAUAUUGAGUAACCCUCGCAGCCUCCAUCGAAUUGAAGUGGUAAUUAAUGACAUUAAUGACAAUGCCCCGUCUUUUCUGGAAGAAAUAAGUACAAUUGAUAUGUAUGAGUCUUCAUAUGUAGGAGAAAGGCAUCCGCUGCCGAUAGCUCAUGAUGCAGACGUAGGUGCGAACUCGGUAAAGAAUUACAAAUUGAACCCGAAUGAAUAUUUCGUUUUGGAUAUACAGAGCAUUGGAGACCAGAGUGUCUCAGCUGAGUUAGUUCUACAGAAAGCAUUAGAUCGUGAAAAACAGGCUGUUAUUGAACUCACGCUCACUGCGAUCGAUGGAGGAAAACCUCCCAAAACGGGGACUCUGCCGAUAAAAGUGAAUGUACUAGAUGUAAAUGACAAUUCACCUUUGUUCAGUAAAUCUCUCUACAAGGUGCAGAUUGUUGAAAAUGCAAAUAUUGGCACAGCGUUAUUAACAAUAUCAGCAACUGAUUUAGAUGAUGGUGUUAAUGGUCAGCUUGUAUACUCUUUUACAGAAAGGGGACGUUUAAACCCUGAUGACAAAUUUGCAUUGAACGACAAUACCGGAGAAAUUACCGUAAAAGGCAAUAUUGAUUAUGAGGAAAAUCAAGCAUAUGAGAUUCGUGUUCAAGCACGGGAUAAAGGCAAUCCUCCUCGCACAGCACAUGGCAAGGUUUUACUUGAGGUCAUUGAUGUCAAUGACAAUACUCCAGAAAUAUCAGUGUCAUCACUCAUGAGUCCAGUGAAAGAGGACGCUGAAAUGGGCACAGUUGUUGCUAUGGUGACUAUCACUGAUAAAGACGGAGGCAAAAAUGGCCAGACAAACUGUAAGAUAACAGGUACAGUGCCAUUUAAAUUAAAAUCCAACUAUAAAAACUACUACUCUUUGUUGGUUGACGGGCCUCUUGACAGAGAGGCUGUUCCCCUGUACAAUGUUUCAAUUACAGCUACAGAUGAAGGAAUUCCCCCUCUGUCGAGCACAAGUGUAAUUAGUGUUCAAAUUUCGGAUGUCAAUGACAAUCCGCCUCGAUUUCUGGAACCUCUGAUUAAUAUUUAUGUUAAAGAAAAUAGUCCGACUGGAACGACUAUUCAUACACUGACCACGUUAGAUUCAGAUUUAAAUGAAAAUUCAAAAGUAACAUAUCAUUUAUUUAACGGCUCUCCUAAGAGCACACAGACAGCUUCAAUGGUAACUGUGAACGCAGAGACAGGGGAUAUAGUCAGUUUGCAGUCUUUUAACUUUGAGGAGUUAAAAACGUUUCAGUUUAAAGUUCAGGCCACAGACUCUGGUGUUCCUCCGCUCAGCAGCAACGUGACCGUCAACGUUUUUAUUCUGGAUGAAAAUGACAAUAAUCCAGCUGUUCUGGCGCCCUAUUCUGAGCACGGCUCCGUUAACAGUGAGAGCAUCCCCUAUUCUGCUGAAGCGGGAUACUUUGUGGCAAAGAUCAGGGCUGUAGAUGCAGACUCUGGAUACAAUGCGCUGCUUUCUUAUCAUCUGUCUGAGCCUAAAGGGAACAACCUCUUCCGGAUCGGAACCAGCACCGGGGAGAUCAGGACUAAGAGGAGAAUGAGUGACAAUGACCUAAAAACUCACCCCUUGGUGGUGUUGGUUUCUGAUAACGGAGAACCCUCCCUGUCAGCUACUGUGUCUAUUGAUGUGGUGGUGGUUGAAAGCACAGCUGACAUCCAGACUCAGUUCAGACAUGUUCCUGUGAAGGAGGACAGCUUCUCUGAUUUAAACCUGUAUCUGCUGAUCGCCAUUGUGUCGGUGUCAGCGAUCUUUCUGCUGAGCCUCAUCAGUUUAAUAGCUGUCAAAUGUCACAGGACAGACGGCAGUUUCGGCAGGUACAGUGCCCCAAUGAUCACCACCCACCCUGAUGGGAGCUGGUCUUACUCUAAAGCUACUCAGCAGUAUGACGUGUGUUUCAGCUCAGACACACUCAAGAGUGACAUGGUGGUUUUUCCGGCGCCUUUUCCAUCUGUUGAUGCGGAGCUGAUCAGUAUUAAUGGAGGAGACACUUAUACCAGGACUCAGACUUUACCUAAUAAAGAAAAGGUAAGAGGCAUUAAGAAUGAACACUAUCAAAUAGUGCAUAUUGUGUGUCUUUCAUAUAUUGCUUUAGCUGCAUUGUGUGAAGGCUAA